AUGCCAUUCGGAUUAAUAAUUGGGACUGACCGUGCUUUGGCACUCCAGCAAGCUAUUCAAGAUGAACUAAUGACUCGCGGAUACAGUCCCGAAGCUGAUCCCGUUAUGGCAGAGUACAUCACAAUAAUGAUCAUAAACAACAAGACUGCAGCUCAAAUCACUUCUGAGCUCGAAGAUUUUUUCGGUUCUGAUUUUGACCCCAGUUUUACGGACUGGUUGUUCAAAGAAGCCGCCAGAGGCUCGACAGAAACCGAAACCACAUUACCAGAGCCUUCUGUGGAACUGUCGGAGCGCCCAGCUGAACCUGCCCCGUCCCGAACCAUUUCUCAUCCGGCGAAUGAUACUUCCCGUCGCGGUUCUAAUCCUCCACGCAAUGGCAUUUAUCAACAAGCCUUAUCACAGGCUUUACCAUCCUCAUCCUCAUCUCAAAAGCGGCCUGCGUCUGCUCGGUCACCUUCCCCAAAUCACCCAAACAAAAUGCGUCGCACAGAACCUCCCACAGGCCCUCGCGCAAUGCACAGAGACGGCCAGCUUAGUAACAACUCGAGAAGCCUCCUGGAUCGAGUGGGGGGACCCGCAGUUGGUGGCCAACAAGACGAAAUACAGGCCCGUAUCGAUACAAUCGUGAACACCGGUGACCCGAACAUGAUGAUGGCAGGCGGUUUUCCUGGAAUGAACGGUAUGGAUAUGAAUGCGAUGGCAGCUGGUAUGGCGAACCCGAUGAUGAUUCAAGAACUCAUGAUGAACCAAAUGGCGCUCAUGGCACACUUCUCCGGGAUAAUGAAUCCUGGGCAGUUUGGAGGAUUCCCUAUGCAGGGUGUCAUGCCUCAAGAAAUGGGAAUGCCGCAGCAGAAUAUGGGAGUAAACGGAUUCCAAGGCCAAUCGAGUGGGCCGAACAGAGGUCGUGGCACUGGAGGUAGGGGAGGUCGUGGAGCAAGCCGAGGUCGAGGAGGACCACCAAUAUCGUCGGUAACGAGCAAAAUUGAGGAAGUCCCAACCGAGUCUCCUGCUAUAUCUACCCCUAUCGCGGCUCCCACACCGUCAACGACUAUCAAAGCGCCGAUGUCUGAUGCUACCCCAUCCGCUGCACCUUCACGUCCAGCCUAUGCGGUACCUGAACGUCCCCAAUCCCCUACUCUGUGCAAGUUCGGCCUAAAAUGUACGAACGCCCACUGCCGAUGGUCGCAUCCUUCUCCGGUUGCAACCGCAGAGAGCGGGGUGGUUCUCAGUAAUGACCCUUGCGAGAAUGGGAAACAUUGUAAGGACAAGGACUGCAUCAAGGCGCAUGUCAGUCCGGCUACUCUCAAACCCCAAGACCACGCUGCACCUGUGCCGCCACCACAGACACACUCAUUUGCAACCUCUAAUCCCAUUCCUUGUCGUUUCGGGGCCGCAUGUGCGCGCCCAAAUUGCUCUUUUGCGCAUCCACAGCGACAGAGCAAUGUGCAGUGUAAAUUCGGUGCUGCUUGCACCCGAGCUAAUUGUCAAUUCCAACAUCCCCCAGGUCGAGUACUGCCCACGGCUUUCCAUCAGGGAUUGUCUGAGAAUGGCCCUAUGGUAACGGUAAAAAAUCCGGAACCUGGGUCUAUGGGUAGACCGAGCCCGCAUAGAACGGCUACUUUCAAUCAUUCUGGGGCUGGAACUGGAACGAGAGAUAAUUUAGAGAAGCAAAUGAGGGAGAUCGAAGCAAAAAAGGGUCAGGCUGAACAGGCUGUCCGAGAGGCACAGGUUGCUGCAGCCAACGUCAAAAAGGAAGACGUAAAAUCUGUGCAAAUUACCGCCUAG